AUGGGAUGUAUCGAGUGUCGUUUUGCUAUAAUUGCCUACGAACUAGCACAAUGCAGUAUUCACGUAGGGAAGAGAUUUGCAGCUCGGAUAGGAGCACUGGAUAACUCAGCAAAAAUACAAUGCAAAGCAGCCUGGAUGCAUCAUCAGCUACGUCUUAGUAUGCCCGAGAUGCAUUUGCGAUAUGUGUCAUAUCGAAUGGUAACUUCGACUUUCAAAGGCAACCAAGAAAGAGUACUUCAUGCAACAGUCGGUGGAAAUGAAGUGGAUGUAACUCCCACUUUGGAGGAGACUCUUAAAGCCUUUAUAGCGGAUGAAAUCCGGCAAGCCAUCUGUUUUGGUAGAAUUCCAUCCGAAAUCUGGAGACGUAGAGACCAUGUAUUCCACGCUAAAUUUCACAAGCUUACUAUGAAACGAACUUUCUACAGAUCUCCAAGACGCAAUCAUCAUCCUGCAUGA